UUUUUUAUAGAUUUGUGGAAAAUAGUUUGUGCGCCUUUAUUGACUUUAUUCUGAAAGGUGCAGCCCGGAAGUCAGAAGCAGGAAACGGCGAGCAUGUGUCCUCUGGAGUUUGUUUGUGUCUCACAGCUAAUGUGAACUGUCUUUACUCCACAAUGAACAGCUGUAGAAGAAUAGCGCGCAGUGACUUUAAAUCCGGCCUGACCACCGCCUUCUCUCUGGGUAAACCGCCGACAAACUGCUGCAGGUGUCCGGGGGCAGCACCGUCCCUCCGCCGGGGUCAUGCCACCGCCGCUAAACCGGCUCCGGGCUCCGACACGGGAGAGAAGCCCCAACUGAGGGCGAUCGACCUGGCGAAGAAGGUCCAGCAGGAGAAGUCGCAGCCGCAGGCGGCGGAGCAGCCUCUGCUGUCGGCCCAGCAGAAGAGGGUGAUGGAGCUGAAGCGGUUCACUCUGCAGCUGCAACACGUUCACCCUAACGUGCUGGCAAAACACCUCCACAGGAGUGUGCUGUACCAGGACAAGGAUGUGGUGGUCAUCAACAAACCUUACGGUGUUCCUGUCAGAGAGGACGGUGGGGCCACAUCCAUCGCCUCUGUGCUGCCGGUUCUCUCCAAAAUGAUGGAUGGGAUGAAGAUCAAGUCUGACUCUCAGCUGCUCCCAUGUCUGAGGCUGGAGAAGGAAACAACAGGAGUUCUCCUGCUGGCCAGGAGUGAAAAAGGAGUGGAGCACAUCAACAACCUUCACAGAAAUAACCAAGUGCAGAGAAAGUACUGGGUCAUCACAGUCGGUGUACCGGUUCCAUCAGAAGGAGUGAUUGACAUCCCCGUCAUAGAGAGAGAGGUCACGGGCUCUCGGCCACACUACAAGAUGGGUCUCAGUCCUCUUUUCAGAAUGAAUGAUGCUGGCGACGGUGUGACCAAAGUCCGUGCCAAUAGGCAAGCACAUCCUGCAGUGACCAAGUACAGAGUGUUGGACAGCAGCAGUGGUUGCAGCCUCGUGGAGCUCCAGGCUUUUUCUGGAGUGAAGCACCAGAUGAGGGUUCACAUGGCACUUGCUCUGACAUGCCCCAUUCUUGGUGACCACAAAUAUUCCCACUGGAGCAAACUGGCACCUCAGAAGUUACCAGAACGUGUGCUGGGAAAGCUUGGACUGGAACAGAGCAAGAUCCGGUAUCUUCCUCUUCACGUGCAUGCUCGACAGCUGACGCUGCCAGGAUCCAAUCAGGCCGAGAUAAGCGUGUCCUGUCCUCUACCAAAGUACUUCACACAAACAUUGAAACAACUGUAUUUAACUCUUCCUGAUGAAAAGGACUAUUAAUAACUACUUCAGCGAUCCAAGUGAUGUUUUAAUGUAUGUAAUGGACUGUGAAGGAUGUAAGACUGCAACGUGGGGGAAAAGUGUAUAAUGUGUGCCAACUGAACUAAAUGGGAAAUAAAAUGAUAUCGAGCUGGGUUAUAGACUGCUGCACUCCUUAAACACAGAAAUGUGUUCGCAUUAUUGCCCUUUGGGUUCCCUCGUCUCAAAGUCCUUUUUUUUUUUUUUUUUUUGUUUAUGGGUUUUUGGUUAAAUUCCUUAAAUAAAGGUCUGUAGUUAACACAUGCUUUGGAGAUUUUAAAGUUUUGCUCUACUAUCAGAUAAGUCAGUAAAUGCCCCUCUCGUGAAUUUGAGGCCUUAGCGUGUCUUUAAAAGAUUGUUGCUAAAUGGGACAUUGGACACAUAACCUCAUCAGAGGCCGCUUUAAGUGAAAGAUGGGUGCAGUCUAAGGUCGCUAGCUGCUAGCUGUCUCUUCUGCUGCCUCACAUGCGCCUGCCUCAGCUCCACCGUCGAUCCGCCUCUUUGCUCUGUUUGGAUUAGCUGGGAGUAGGCUGCAGGUAGGCAUAGUCACUGCCGAGAUUACAAAGGCCGGAGCCUACAACAGCUCUUCAGAAACCUAUGGGUGGUGUCAUGGAAACUACCCAUAUUUUAUACAGUCUUUGGUAUUCAAGUUAUUUAAGAUGAUUGAAUGCACGAUCAAAUGUUCGGCCCUUCACCAUUGGUGGUGUGCUUCAUCAAUAUUAAUGUGCACAUCUAACUUAUCUUUUGAUUAAUUAUUCUACAUCACAUCGUUUUUUUCUGCUCAACAACAGGCUUGUUGGAGAUGACAAAUUGAAAACAUUUCACUAAGAUAUUGUGAAUCACUGAAAACGUCAUGCUACACUUAUAACUCCCUCAGGACUGUUCUUUCUGAUUCCACCACGUGUCAAUGUGUGCCGCAGGAGAACUAAGGGAGCCUCGUCUUAAAAUUUCCAAAAGUGCGUUUGACACGCUAACGCUGGGUUUUGUAGGUGAAGUUGCAGUAGCUGAGCUUGUUAAAGCUUCAAAUAUCCACAGUCGUAUGGAUCAUUUUGUUUAUCCUGUUGUCAUUUUCAAGUUUCAGA